AUGAUCGGCCAGCUUCAUGAUCAAGUUCUGCUAGCGCUCGAGGUCGCCGCUAGGAGACGCCACAAGGCUACAUUGGCGCCAACGGAGCAUCAGAAGCACAAGUUGGAUGUAAAUGGCUACCACCGCAUGCAGAGAGAGAUGAAUGAAACGACGUUCCUUGACCCAAUAGACGCAGACACCACAAAGGCCAAUAUUUACUACAUCAAGAAAAAAUUUAUCAACCAAGUCCGUCAGCAGGUCUCGUCGCAUGCCCUCUGCUUUGCUGAAUGCAUAGGCGAAAUCACUACUGUCAUCACCGGCCCGGAGAUGAAUACAACAACAACAGACACGAAUGGCGCUGAAGAUGACGCACCCUUGAUUCGAAAGCACAAAGCGCUUUGCUAUCAAGACAUCGUUCUUUGGAUUGUUCAGGAUCCUAAUGGCCGAGGGCGAGACGUUUUAGCGAUGGAAGUGUUUUUCCGAUGUCAUAAAGGAGUCGACAGAAAACCAAAGCCUACCGUCUUCUUAUUUCGUGAGAACCCACUGCCUAUUCUUUGUCCUGUCACACACUUCUUAGCUCAAGCCAUUCGUGACGAUGCAAUUGAAUUAGAUGGCUUCAUGCAUGCUGCACCAUUUGUUUCUACUCAAAUUCACAGAAGCGCAACGAAGGUACACUGGAAGCCCUCAAAGCUCAAAAUACCCGUGUUUCGAAAAUCAGUUCGCACGGCAGGUGGAUGGAUUAAAUCUGCAACAGAACCUAUGAAGUACUUGACAUAUGCCUUUUAUCUCAAUAGGAUCGGCUCAGAAUUAGGCUCAGAGGAAAAAUGGACAUUAUAUUGCUUCCGCCGCGGCCAUGCAAAUGCUCUCCUUGGUGUUGCGCCUGACUCUAUUAUAGAUCAGGUUUUGCGGCACGAUCCAAUGACCGGAUGGUUCAAUACACAAGACGCAUUCCUCGAAAGAGACCCAUCGGCUGAUGGUCUGACUCGGGCAUUUACACAUAUGAGCAUUAGAUGUAACCCGGAAGUCCCUAAAGAGAUCCCCAAGACAGACUUAGCUAAGCUUCCGAUUGAUCCCGAAGUUGCCGACCUUUGGAGACGCGUUAAAUUAAUGUCUGUUCGCAUAAGACAAGAGUAUGGCUAUAUUAAGUAUGCUGCAAAGGGCAUCAAAGAAGACUACCAACUGUUGCAAAGAGGCUUGAGAAACGCCGAGAAGGGUUUCCGACAUGAUAUGACAAAAGUCUAUCAGGAAGCUUGUCGCAGGCGCAUCCACAACGAGGAACUGCAAAGGCAGCGCGGCCGAUCGACAACAAACUCAAUCGACAGAAAUUCUGUACUGAAUCCUGACAUGCAGCAUCAAUUAGAGGAGCGGGAACAGCUGCAAACCAUAUUAAGCGAUUUUCGACAGGCCAUACCUACCAAGGAUACUACGAACCGCAAAAUCCAAGCCGUGGAUUUGAUGGUUCGACUCGCCUCGCGCUGCGAAGUGCGACCACCUUCAUCUCUAGCUCCGGCUGAGAUUCGCAUUUGUCAGAAGCUUCCCUACACAAAGAAGUCUUCAGGUGGUGUCGAAGUCGAGGAAUUUCCGUUUAUUCUCGGUAAGACGCAGUGUAUAUAUUGUGUCGGCGAAGAGUGGCUCCCAUAUAGCAUACGCGCGCAUUCCUUCAACCGUGUAUCUCAUAUGAUGGAUCAUGUCGAAAACGUUCAUCUGAAACAUGAGCGCACAGGCGGUAGAUACUUGAAUGAGUUGGAGCCUAUAUGUGGUCGUCGAGCGCCCCGGAUGUAUCAGUCAUUACCCAGCGGCUUCGGUAAACUUAUGCGGGAAGGCAACACCAUGCUAUAUGUACACGAUACAGAUUUCUUUGAGCUUGGCAGCUGCAACAGAAAGGCGAAUUGCGGAUUAGACAUUGCCAAGUCCAAGUCCAGCAUAAACGUCGCCCUAAUAUCCCCAGGUAGAGUAUCAAGGUCGCUGUUAUUGCCAACUUCGGCCAAAAUUUGA